UCCUCGUCCUCCCUCUCUCACGGACCAAUCACAGCCGAAGCGUCGAUGACGUGUCACAAAUCCAACAGAAAAGUUCAUCCUGAACGGGACGCUCGAGUCGGGCGGGUGGGCUGAGUGCGCGGGGCGAUGCGGUUCUGGUUCAGGAGUGUCGCGAGGACAGCGUGUUGACUAAUCCCGUUCCAUCCCGCCUCAAAGCCCUCUCCGAUUCAUGCUCUGCUCAAUGACUUCUCCUUGGUGUCCUUCUGUCCAUCCAUCUAACUCUUGUGGGUUGUGAGAUUCAUUCUGCUAACAGCCAUGGCUUUCACAGCUCUAUUGCUGCUGAGCUUCUCCUCCUACACUUCCGUCACAGUGGCGGUCCUGUUCCGUGAGCCAAGGAUAUAUGGAGAGGAGGCUACUGGUUAUGGCCCCAUAUUCGAAGAAGAGCCUGUGGAUGUGGUCUACUCUGAUGACUCUCCCGAUAAGAGAAUCUCCAUGAACUGCAGGGCACGUGCAAACCCGCCAGCUUUUUACAGUUGGCGUCACGAUAACUGGGAAGUCAAGCUGAAGGAGCAACCAAAUGAGCACUACAGCCUAGUUGGAGGGAACCUGGUGAUUACCAAUCCCACCAAGAAGCAUGCUGGGACAUACACGUGUGUGGCCAGAAAUAUCUAUGGCACUGUCCUCAGCAAAGAUGCUAGGGUCAAGUUUGGAUUUAUCGAGGCAUUUCCUGACGACGAGAGAGAACCAGUGUAUGUGAAAGAAGGACAGGGGGCCGUUCUGUUGUGUGUCCCUCCAAAGGUCUGGCCUGAGGAAGUGACUUAUCAGUGGAUCUACAAUGAGUUUCCAGUUUUCCUGCGAACAGACCGUCGUCGGUUUGUCUCUCAGAAUACGGGGAACCUGUACAUCGCCAAGGUGGAAGCUCAGGAUGCAGGAAACUACUCAUGCUUUGUUUCUAGUCCCAUUUUAGGGAAGAGCGUCUACUCAAAGUUCAUCCCUCUCAUCCCUUUACCACCUGAUGAUGGUGAGGAGAAAAAAUAUCCAGCAGACAUCAGAGUGAAGUUUCCAGACACUACUGCCAUGCUGGCCUCUAAUAUCACACUGGAGUGCUUUGCUCUUGGAAAUCCCAUCCCUCAUAUCGUAUGGAGGAAAGUGGAUGCCACUGACCUUCCUGCAAAUCAUGAAAUCAGCGAAUCAGGUGCGGUGCUUCAUCUGUACAAUGUUCAGUACGAAGACGUCGGAGGAUAUGAUUGCGAAGCCAUCAACACUAAAGGAAAGGACUGGCACAAGGGCUGGCUUUAUGUGGAAUCUGCUCCUGAAUGGGCGGAGACCAUCAACAACACCCAGGUAGACAUUGGUUCGGAACACACGAUGCGCUGUGUGGCUUCGGGAAAACCCUUCCCUUUCAUCCGCUGGUACAAAAAUGGAUACAUGUUUGGGAAAAACGAGUUGAAGUUUUCCAGCCUGACGUUUGAUGACUCAGGGAUGUACCAGUGUAUCGCUGAGAACUAUUGGGGCAUCAAAUAUGCCAAUGCUGAGCUGCGAGUCAUUGCCUGUGCGCCAACAUUUGAGCUCAACCCCGUGAAGAAGCAGCUUCUUGGUGCCAAAGAUGCUCGAGUGUUGAUUGAGUGCAAACCUAGAGCGGCUCCAAAACCUCGAUUCACCUGGAUGAAGGGCAAAGAGUUGCUUUACAACAGUUCACGCAUUUCUGUCAUGUUGGACGGGACUUUGGAGAUCCUCAAUGCCACCAAAAAUGACGAGGGAUUUUACACCUGCUAUGCUGAGAAUGACAGAGGAAAAUCUAACAGCUCGGGCUAUCUAACCAUCACAGAGCCUACCAGCAUCACAGUAGCACCUGAAGACUCUGAGGUUCAGGUCGGAGAUGAGGUGAUUCUCAGGUGCACUGCUUCAUAUGACCCUAUGCUAGACAUCACAUUCAUUUGGGCCAUAGACUUUCGGGUCAUUGACUUCAACACUGAGUGGCAACACUAUGAGCGAGUUAUGAGUGAAGAUGGAGUUGGUGACUUGAAAAUAAUCAAUGCCCAGAUCUGGCAUGAAGGUCGCUACACUUGCACAGCUCAAACCGUUGUGGAUGAUGACACCGCUUAUGCUGACCUCAAAAUUGUUGGUGUUCCUGGGCCUCCUGGUGUAAUCCGAGUCGAAGCGAUUGGGGACACAACAGUGAAUCUGUUGUGGACAAAGGGAGCUGAACACAACAGCCCCAUCCUCUACUACACCAUUCAAACCAGGCACUUCUGGGCAUUGUAUGAAGAUGACUGGAGGAAUGCCAGCACUAAUCCAGCUGUCAUUGAUGGAACCAGGGAGCGAGCAGAAGUAACAGAUUUAUACCCUUGGAUGGAGUAUCAGUUCAGGAUCAUUGCCACUAAUGAAUAUGGCUCCGGAGAGGCUAGUAUACCUUCACUCAAGAUCAAGACCUGGGAUGCCCCUCCAGUGGUUUCUCCCACUGGUGUGGCGGGAUACGGAGGGAGAAAUGGUGAAAUCGUCAUCACGUGGAAUCCUGUCCAGCCCUGGUACUUCUAUGGCAAGAAAUUUGGCUACAUCGUUGCGUUCAAGCCUCACAAUGCUUAUGACUGGUGGUACGAGACUAUCUCAGACCCCGAGACCAGGCGACACGUUCACAGAGAUACCUACUUUGUUCCAACUGACGAGGACUUCCAGGUACGAGAGUUUCAGGUGAAGAUCAAGUCAUUUAAUGUGAAAGGAGAUGGACCCUACAGCCUCACUAAGGUCAUCUAUUACCCAAGAGAUGUACCCACAGAGCCUCCAACAGAUGUCUACGCCAGGCCGGUGUCCUCCACUGAAGCUGUGGUUUGGUGGCUUCCAGUGGUAGACACUGGAACAGGUCUACAGCAGUACAUUGAGGGUUACCAGGUCAAAUACUGGAGAAAGUACGAUGACCCGGAGCCAGGAGCCAAUCGGAUUUUUGUCUCAGCCGAAGUUAACCAGACCAGGCUGGAGAACAUGCUGCCGGACUCACACUACCUCAUCGAGGUCCGUGCCUUCAACGGAGCAGGACUUGGACCACCCGGUGAACACUGUGAGAUGUUCACAAAAAGACCACCACCCUCAGAGCCUCCCAGGAUGUGGCGCUACAUCAGCUGGACUGGAAAAUGGUUGUACGUGUGGUGGGAUCACAUUCCAUAUGACUGGUUUGGAAAUGUAUCCUUCCCACUGUACUACAAGGUCAUGUUUAGAAAGACGGGCUACAUCUACGGGAAGGUCUACAUCACUGGCUGGCACUUCAUGGACUUUCCCAUGCCUCAGCUCGGGGAUUUUGAGCUGAUGGUGCGUGGCCGUUAUGAAGGUGGAGACGGCCCCGUACGGAAGAUUAGGAUUCAGGGUAAAGCAUCUAUGACCACGCCCACUUUAAGCCUUUUGUUAUCGAUGCUGCUGGUGCUGCGCAUUAUGGGAUUUUAAGUUCAAGCCUGCUCAAAGUAUCGUGUAAAUAAUGGGACACAAGCACAUGGACCCAAUAGAAGGACUUGCUCUGAUGUUACACUAAAAAAAGAUUAGUCAUCAACAGUUUAGCACUUUUAUGGACAAUUUGAUGUCCGCACACCUAGAUCAGCAGGAUGCAUUCAUAAAUCUAGAAGGAACAAUCCAAAAUUUGUAAAAAUAUCCGCUUUAGACUUCGUGGCAAGUCAAAGAAAAUCAUGAUAAUAUAAACACUGUAUAUUAAACACUGAUCGUAUUAAAUGUGUAAAAAAGUUACUAAGCUGCACUUUUCCCUUUUCACCUUUAUUUUUUAUUUUUUUUUAUUUAAUGUUAUGAAGUUUCCAGGAAACACACAUUUCUCUCACAUGAUUAAAAACAGUUUAAUCUACAAAAAAAAUGCAAUGUUGAAGGGAUUUUUGUCCUUUUUAUUUUGUUUUUGAAGAGAAACUUGUUUACAUCACAAAGUCCUAAUUGUGCUUUUUAUCAAGAUUUUUGACAGUCAUUUUGUAAAGGUUGCUGUAUUUUUGCUUAACUUACAUUUUAAUCACAACCCAGAAUCCUGAUGCCAAAGCGAGUCUCUUUAACAGUAAAAGCCAUAGAUUGCUGUCACAUUUUCCCUUUUAAUUUUACACUCAAAACAACACUUUACUUAAAAUUUGAGGCCUGAAAUGGACAAAAUAAAACCAACAUGUAAGUAUUUGUGCUAAUUUUAUUUAUAUCAAGCUAUUAAACUAAAGAAAAUUGAAAAA